AUGGAGAAGCUCGCGGCGGGGCUGGCCCGGCUCCGCUGGAGCCCCGCGGCGCUGCCCCUCGACGCCAUCGUCAGCCAGUGCCGCCUGCCCACCCUCGUCUGCCUCGGGCAGGGUGAGCGCGUGGAGGGGGUGACAGCCCAGGACGUGCUUCUGGUCCACUCGUGCCGGCAGUGGACGACGGUGACAGCCCACAGCCUGGAGGAGGGACACUACGUCAUCGGGCCCAAAAUCGACAUCCCGCUCCAGUACCCAGGGAAGUUCAAGCUGCUGGAGCAGGACCGGGACCUCCGCGAGCCCGUGCAGUACUUCAACAGCGUGGAGGAGGUGGCCAGCAUCUUCCCAGACCGCAUCUUCGUCAUGGAGGCCAUCACCUUCAGCGUGAAGGUGGUGUCGGGGGAGUUCAGCGAGGACAGCGAGGUUUACAACUUCACGCUGAACGCGGGGGACGAGCUGACGCUGAUGGGGCAAGCGGAGAUCCUGUGCGCCAAGACGGUGAAGGAGAAGUCGCGCUUCAACACCCUCCUGCGCAAGCUGGGCAAGGCGGCGCCGGCGGCGGGCGCGCGGCAGGCGAAGGGCAAGAUGCCGUGCCUGAUCUGCAUGAACCACCGCACCAACGAGAGCCUGAGCCUGCCCUUCCAGUGCAAGGGCCGCUUCAGCACGCGCAGCCCGCUGGAGCUGCGCCUGCAGGAGGGCGAGCACACCAUCCGCAGCAUCAUCGAGAAGGUGAGGCUGCCCGUCAACGUGGCCGUGCCCAGCCGGCCCGCCCGCAACCCCUACGACCUGCACGCCAUCCGCGAGGGCCACUGCUACAAGCUGGUCAGCAUCAUCUCCAAGACGGUGGUGCUGUGCUGCAUCCUGCGCCGGGAGGAGCUGGUGCCUUUCCACUUCUUGCUGCUGACCGACAUGCCCCGCUUCCAGCUGCCCGAGGGGCUGCUGGCCGGGGACCCGCAGCUGGAGAAGCUGCUGCGGGACAGCGCCGCGUAUUGCCACGACCGCUUCAACCCCGACGAGUACUCGCGGGCCGUGCGAGAGGCCAAGCCGGACUUCUUGGAGGAAUGCGCCAGCCCGCGGCGCCUGCGGCUCUGCCUGCCCGCCUGCGGCCGCGAGGAGCUCAGCCAGCCCCUGCGGCGCCUCUCGCUCUGUGCCUGCGGCUCCGGGGGUCCCCGGGAGCCCCCCGCCCGCCGGCAGGGACCGCGGGGCCUCGGCGGGGGCACCCCGCGCCCGCCGCUGCCCGACUUCCCCGACCCCGAGCGGGAGUACAUGACGCCCGACUGGGCCGAGCCCGAGUUCAGGACUCAGGAGCCGCUGGAGAUUCCCUACGAGGAGCUGUGGAGCAAUCCCAGCCCGGAGGGCUGCUGCGAGCUGGGCAGCAGCGGCGUGCGGCCCGACCUCGUCUCCUUCGGGGCUGUCACCCCGCUGGGCUCCCCGCACCGCCCCGGGGACAGGGACGAGCCCCGCGGGGACACCCCGCCCCCCGUGCCACCCAAAUCGGAGGCGGUGAAGGAGGAGUGCCGGCUGCUGAACGCGCCCCCGGUGCCGCCCCGGGGCAGCCGCCCCCCGGCCCCCUGCAGCCCCCCGGCCCCCCUGCGCUGCCCCAAGCUGGCACCCGUGCCCUCGCCCAGCCCCAGCCUCUCCUACUACUCCUCGGGGCUCCACGACGGGUCGGCCCCGCGGAGCGGCAGCGCCUCGCCCUCUCCGGACGCGUACUCGCUGUACUGCUACCCCUGCACCUGGGCCGACUGCAAGGCCUCCGAGCCCCCCGGGCGGCCGCUGCCCCCGGCCCAGCCCGCGCCCAGCUCCUGGUCCGACCCCUGGGCGUUCCCCGAGCCGGGCGCCGGGGCGGGCAGCGGCUGCUCCACGCCUCUGCUGGGGGCCGAGCCCCCCCUCAAACCCUUCCGCAGCUGCCCCCGCCUCAAGCCCCCGAACCCCCAAAAGCGCUUCGCCCCCUUCGGCGCUCUCAACCCCUUCGCCGGCCCGGCGGAGUGGCCGGAGAGCCCCGAGUGGUCCAAAGCGCCUUCGGCCCCGGCCGCUCCCUCCUCCUCCUCCUCGCCGGAGCCCUUCGCCCCCGCCGAGGAGCCGGCGGCACCCCCUCGCCCCCCCAAGGGCUUGGACGGGGACGGCAUCGUCAUCCGGGGGGCGGCCCCGCUGUCCCCUGCCGUGCUGCGCGGGGCCGAGGGCGUCACCCGCGUGUACCUGGCGCAGGGGGUGAUCGAGGUGCCGCCGGUGGCGCGGGGCGACGGGGCAGCACCCCCGGGCGCCCCCCGGCCCGGCGGGGACAGCCCGGCCUGGCUGCCCCCCGCCGACCUGUCGGCGCUGUCGCUGGAGGAGGUGUCCAAGUGCCUGCGCUUCAUCGGCCUCUCCGAGGACGUGGUGAGCUUCUUCGCCCGCGAGAGGAUCGACGGCAGCAUCUUCGUGCAGCUCAGCGAGGAGAUCCUGGCCGAUGAUUUCCGCCUCACCAAGCUCCAGGUGAAGAAGAUCAUGCAGUUCAUCAAGGGCUGGCGCCCCAAGAUCUAGCGCCAGGCCGGGGGCCCCCUGCACUGGGGGGGUCCCCAAGUCACCUGGAGCUCUGGGUGGCACCGCUCCCGUCCCUCUCUGAUGCUGCAGGUUCUCCUCUCCCACUGCCCAGCC